GGAAGGAAGAGUUUGGCAGGGCCGCAGAUCUUCAGCCAUGUAAACUCUGCUAAACACACAGCGGGGAGAGGAGGCUGAGAGGCGCAGCCCGCAGGAGAGAGAGAAGACAGGACCGAGCUGAAGAAGGAGGAGGAGGAGGAGGAGGUGGAGGUGAAGGAACACGGAGUUUCUGAUCUGUUGGUGUAUUUUUACAUACUACUAUGGCAACCAUCGUCAUGGAAAAGAUUGGUCGCCUAUUCAUUAACCUGCAGCAGGUGAGGCAGGUGCCCCAGCUGCUGAAGGAGGCGGUGCCAUCAAUUCCGGCCCCAGUGAGAGAUGUGGAAGUGCCCCGCUUCUUCCGCGAGCGCUUCAUCCAUGCUGGUUACCGUCCCCUUCACGAAGGCUGGCGCUACUACGUCCUGUCGAUGUUCCAGCGCCACAACGAGACAAUAAAUGUGUGGACACACCUGCUUGGGGCUCUGGUGGUCCUUACCAAAGCAGCUCAGCUGGCAGAGACUGUAGAGUUCCUUGGUGAUCCCCACAGCUGGCCGUUGCUUGUUCUCAUUGUGUCAUCGAUGACCUACAUGACAUUCAGCGCUGUGGCUCAUCUGCUUUCAGCUAAAUCUGAAUUCUACAAUUAUGCCUUUUACUUUCUCGAUUAUGUAGGGGUGGCACAGUACCAGUAUGGGAGUGCUGUGGUGCAUUUCUAUUAUGCUAUAGAGAAGAGCUGGUACACAAAGGUGUGGGGAAUCUUCAUGCCUGUCUCCAGCUUUCUUUGCUGCCUGUCAUGUUGGGGAUGCUCUUUUGGAAAGUACCAGAACUACACCCUACCUAUUUGGGUUCGUAAAGUCUGUCAGGUGGUGCCUUCGUCACUGGCCUACACUUGGGAUACAAGCCCGGUUUUCCAUAGGAUCUUCCUCUGGUACCUCUCCAGUGGAGAACAUAAUUCCACAAAUGACCAAGCUAUGCUCUUCCAUUGUGGCCAAAUUGCUUUUUUUCUCUCCAGUGCUUUCUUCUUCACCUACCCUCUUCCUGAGUGUCUGUUCCCUGGACACUGUGACUUCCUGGGUCAGGGUCACCAGUUGUUCCAUGUUCUUCUGGUGUUUUGUACUCUCUCCCAAAUCAACGCCUCUCACUUGGACUACCUCAACCGCCGCGAGCUUUACACCAGUCUUCAUGGUGAUGGUGAUGCACAUGUUUUUGUGUUGUUAUAUUUGGUGACAACACUCAUCUGCACUCAAAUAGUUGCCUACAUGAUUAAGAAAGUAAGCCGAAUGCUGUCAGACAAGGAAAAGGCCAAAUAAGAUCUAGAUAUUCUAAAAACACAUGCACAUAUGUCCAUACCUUUUUUAAUCAUAGUAAUGCACAAUUAUUUGACAAUACAUUAUUGGAUGUAUUAUUCAAAUGAAUGUAAAUGAUUAACAUCUCCAUGUUGUUGCAUCAUUUGUACUGUAAGCCCAGUACCUAACUUUAAAACUAGUAAGGCAAUCCAUAUAACAUUUUAACUGAUUAAAAAGUUUUAAGUUGAAUGCACUUACGAUACUAAACACUGUAUUUUAGACUUAAAUACAUUAAGCAAAUACUUUAAUUGAAUCUUGUGAGUUAACCUAACAUAACUAUAUUUUUUUCAAAUAUUGUUUAGUUUUUCAUUACUUAAUUGCCUAUUAUUAAUCUGCCGUAACACUGACAAUAUAAUCUUGUGGUAACAUUUGAGUAAACAGCAGUAUUUAGCCAGCAUGUAGUCAGAAUAACGGCAAUUUGCUCCUGCUGCCUUCAACACUGAUGCCAUCAAUCAUUGUCUAAAUUUGGGCAUACGUACCUUGGGGGAAUGACUACACACUGAUAAUGAAUGUGUGGGUGUGGUGAUUAAGGGGUGGGUAUUGGGAAGACAUGCUCAGAUGGUGACAGGAUCCAAAAAAGCUGUAGGCUCAACCUGCAGGUUACAGUAUUUCGCUGAAAAAAGGACACUCAGUCAGUAAAACAAAACUGAAUAUGAACAGCUUAACUCAUAACCCAAAAAAUGACAAAACGUUGUUCUUACACAAAUGAAUUAAGUGUAUAACUCAACAAUGAAUUUUUGAGUUUGGCUCAGUCAGUAAGUAGUGCAGUUAGUUUUUACAGUGUAGUCAUGAGAAUAAUAAGAGGAGAAUGGCACAUAAAUACAGUUCUAAAAUGUUGUAUUUUGAUGCUGUUUGCAUAAAACAUCCAGCAAAGCAAAUGUAUCAGAUAUAAUACAGUGCCUGUCUUCUGCAAUGUAUUUUUAUACCUCUAGAUUGUAUUUUUUGUACUGUAUUUAUAACUCAACUACAUUUCAUAUUUCUGCUUAUUUAGAUAGAGCUAGAUUUUAACCAAAUUGCUAUUAUUGUUAUUAUGUUUUAUGCCACUAUUGAGUAUGUUGCAGAUUUUCUCUUGUGUUUUCAAACCUUAAAGUGGAGUUUGAAAGGGAUUUUCAGGGCACCGUUAACUCCAACAGUGCACUCAUAAUGGUUAAUGAACAGUAUAGCUCACACCAGGAGCUGAAUGUUAAUGCAUUGUAAGCAACCGACACAGAAAUAAAAUGGAGCAGACAAGUUUUGCAAAUAUAAGCAAGUAAUUGUUAUGAGUCACUAGAUAUAAUGUGUUUCACAUAUUUUUUUCAUUUAGUUUAUUAUGUCUCUAAAAUAUGCACAAAUGCUUUAUAUUUAAAAAGUAGCAUGUAACAUUAUUAUUUCAAAAUAGCCGCUUUAAAUUCAUUAUGAAGUUCACAAUUGGUAAAACAGGCAUCACAGAGCAGGCAUGACAGUGCUCUCAAGAACUGUGUAAAAUAUUGCAGUAUUAAUAUUUAAAAUCUCAUAUAGGUAAACAAUCAUGCCCUGGUUUCAUACACUCUAAGAAGCUAAUAGCCAUGACCAUGAACAGUUUCAGUAUGAUUUAAAAUAUGUUAAAAUAUAAAUAUAAAAUAGUGUUUUCACUGAUUAAUCUUAUGCUCUUUGUACACCAUAAAGUAUCAUACCAUACAUAUUUAGCAUUCCUAAUAACCAGUAUUUCAGUAUGUGGGAAACUAACUAACUGCCUUUUUUACUGUGUUUUUAAACUUUGAAAUAGUUGAAAAGUUUUAGUGUAAAAACAAUUAAUGCAACCUUAAAUGCUGGCUUUUACAGGACUGGAAAUGUUAAGAUGUUUCAUGAAAACUCUGCUUGGGCCUUAGUUUUAUCUAUUAACAGUAAUUGUAGACAGUGAAUGAUCUGUGCCUUAUCUGGUUUAGUUAAGGAGUAUCAGUAAAGGGACAAUCUUUGUUGUGGACGAAUCUGCAGCUGAGUAAAACCCUCUGCACAAUAAUGAGAAUAAUUGCAAUACUGAUUGUAUAUGUUUUUGGGAUAUUUCCUUUGAAUGAUUUUAUUUGCUUGACUAAUUUUACUUUAGGUGAGCUGUAUUUGUAUUGUGAUGACAGUGAUUCUUAAAGCCAAUCCUAGGGACAAUCCACAGGUAUCUGUGAGUAUUCAAGCAGAUAAAGUACAGGGAGAAUAAAUAAGAAUGUUGCUCUGAGAAUGUACAAAAAAUCUCUUGUUUUAAUUAUGAUUAAAUAUGUGCAAUAUUGUGUUCUUGGUGUUGUCAGAGAGUUCUGUCAGAAUUAUUGCCAGUUGUCAGUGUGUAAUUUGCACAGUCCAAGAAUGUUACUUCUAUAUAAUUAAAAACAUCACAAAAGAUGCUGUAUAUCUA